AUGCGCUUGCCCAACCUUUCCGCGGCGGUUGCGUUAUUGGUAAUUGCAGUAGUCACAGGCCCACCACUAGUGGGUUACAUGGAUGGUGGGCGUGAGCGGGAUACGGUGAGCCUUGUGGUUACCCGCCCUGUGCUGCUUCUCCAUCAUGGGCGCGAGCGGUACAGUCAGCAUAGGCUAUGCAACCCGCGGUAUCCCGAAUAG